AUGAGCAAAAAGUUCAAAUCCCAGGCCUCCAGCAGUCGCGCUGCGGGUAGCGCUUUUGGCUCAUUCGGCGGUUUCUCCGGUAGCCUCCAGAGCCAGGGUAAAGAGCCCUCCACGCUCACAUACAUUACCGCACCGCCAGACUUGUCACGUAUCACAGACCAGCAACUCGUCAUCGCAUUCAAGAAUCUGCUGAAGAAGGAUGAUACUACACGUACAAAGGCUUUGGAGGAGCUCAGAGACCAUAUUUCGACAGUGCAAGCGAACAAGGGAACCUUGGACGACGGGUUCUUAGACGCAUGGAUCGGAUUAUACCCCCGACUAUCAAUUGACCUCUCUCGUCGAGCACGUCAGCUUGCCCAUUCCAUCCAGGGUACAAUUGCUAGUCUUGCGGGCAAGCGAAUUGUGCCCAAUUUACCAAAGGUCAUCGGCGCAUGGAUUGCAGGAAUUUAUGAUAAUGAUAAGAUUGUCCACCGGGCCGCUCUCGAAUCGUUCACGAAGGUCUUCUCGACAGACCAAAAGAGAAGUAACGUGUGGAAGAUCUACCAGAGCCCGAUUUUGGACUUUGUAGAUGACGUCAUUCUUCACCAAUCGCCCUUGACGCUCAGUGAUGAGAGGACUGUCAAACGGGAUGAUGCGGAGGGAAAAUAUGCUCGCGUGGUUGGAGCUGCGAUUAUGCUAUUCAAUCGGAUAUUAGGCAACUCUGCCGACGAGGAGUUAGAGAAGGACUCUUCGCAGAUUGAAACACUAUUAGAAAGCAAGUUUCUCUGGGCUCUUUGCCAUCAUGAUGAUCCAUAUGUCCGCCGCUCCAUCUAUGUUUUGCUUCGGACUGCUGUUUCCCGAGAGCCUGGUUGGGUUGACUGGCCGACACUCAGUUCAGCCGUGAUUGGGAAGUCUUUGUCUCUCCAGCAGACUGGAUCGGCAACAGAACUAUCCGAAGCUCUUCUUGUAUUGUCUAUUUCCAGGCCCCAAGUGUGGACAGAUGACUACAGUGGAAAGUCCUCCGCUUCAAAGAGGCUGCGCCAGUACAUCCAGAAAGGAUCUCAAGGAGGGGCAAGCACUUACUGGUCAAACCUGGACCAAUUAUUCCGAACAGUGCCUCAUGAAGUUCUAGCAGGUGCUGAUAAAGCCACUGCUGACCAAGGAGUCACUUCCACCAGUGCAAUCGCUUUGACUGAAGCUUUCCAAGAAGGCUUGAACUCAAGAGAAGAGCCACGUCAAAACCUCGUUGUUGGAUGGAAGUGCUAUAUUCAAAUCGCAACGUGGCUCGCGACCUUGGUUCCCCUGGAGCAGAAAGCCGAAUUCAUUGACCAAAGAAUCUCCCCCUUGGUGGUGAAUCACGUGCGACACGAUCCCAAGUCAUCACAAUGGGUACUGCCAGCCCAGUCAGCCGAGGAUAGCUGUACACACUACCUCUGCACACUGGGUUCUACUGGAUAUGAUCAAGAGUUGCAGGCAUUGUGUACUGCUCUAUCUGAGGGUUUGCUCGAAGCUGCCAAGCUGUCUUCUCCAGAGCAAUCUAAGGACUUCCGUGAAUCUCAAGAUUCAGUAUGUGCCCAGGCAAAACGGCUCUUCGAUCUGCAGUCUUCUGUUCUCUCACGAAUCGCGGAUUCCAAAGAACCAAGAGUGACGGAAAUCAUUGAGAACUCAAUCUCCUCUCUCCUCGAAAGCUGCAUUGAGGUCUUGAAAACCCGCAACGGAAAGCCAUAUGGAGCUGCCGCCGUGGUAGAGGAAUGUGUUGGCAGCCUGUCAUUUGUCGCCCAGAAGUCUCAAAACCUGCAAAACUUUCUCCAGAAUGACGCCCCAGAGCUUUUACUAUCCCCUUCUGCCGAUCGGCUAAUUUCAACCAUUAUGAAGUGUCGGGAAUGGGAUGGCUUCUCGUCAAGCUUUGAGAACAUUGUGGAAAAAGCACUCGCUCUUGAGCCGGAACAGUCGAAUGUACACGUUCUGCAGAGUUUGCUCUCCUCUCUCAAUUUCAAUGAGUUUGAGCACAAGGAGAGACUCAAUGCGCUUGUCGUGACAGCUUUAGACAAGGCUUGUCAUGGAAGUCACUCGCAUUGGCCUAUUAUCACCGCCGUCCUGCAGAAUAAGUCAUCACACACUGACCUGAUGGAUCAGAUCUUUUUAUCCUUGAUUGAUGAACUGUCGACCAAUGAUAAAGUCUUCAAUGCGCUACACGGACUUUCACACAUUGGAAAGACUGCGCCUGAUGCAGUCCGAGAAUUCCAAAGUGGACCAAAUGGCUCGAAAUUAGCAGGCAAGCUGAUAUUCCUCAUGGAGUCUCACGAAGAGGAGGUUGCAAGUCUGGCGGAAGCGCUUUCGAAGUCAUUGAAAGAAGCCGUUGUUGGUGAGACUACUACGAAAUCGAGCAUCGAAAUACUCCAACAUGGAUUCAAUCAUGUGGACGAUGAAUCGCUGUCGACCGAAUCUCUCCUUGCCAUUGCGGGUGAAGUGCUACCGAGCAUCAUGGCCGGCGACGCGGCUAGUGUCGCCAAGGAUGUCCUGCCAUCGCAUUGGUCAUGGGAACAAGCUUUAACGCCAUUCACUCAACUUCCACCUCGUCCAUCAAUUGCUAUUACAUCCCCCCUUGGAGGUGCUGUUCACCUGAUUCAACGAGAGUUAUCUGAAUCUUUCAAGGCUCUGUGGCCCACCAUCCCGCGUGACUCGGAUCAUCGAUCCUCAGCGUUCCGCCUGGCGACUUUCACAAUCAGCAUUCUAUCUACCUCUCAGAUUGUGAAAUACUUGGAGCAGGAGGCACUUGAGACUCUGUUCCGUUUCUUACCUGUGGCCAUUCAGCUCAUAGAUGAUGAUCUAAGCAUCGAAGGCAGCAACGGCAUUUCAGGUCUUGAGCUGGCUGAUCAACGGGAGGAAUACAUGCAGAUUGUACUUGAUGGUCGAAGCGUGAUCAGCUCAUGGGUUCGUGAUAAUGAACCACUUGAUUUUGCCCCGGAGAAGACAAUCUCAUCAUCUUUCACCGCAUUCUGGGAAGCCAGGCUCGAAGAAGUUAAGGGAACUUCUCCCGUCGAUUACCGUACGGGUGAAGCCUUUGUCAAGAUUAUGAGUGUUGCAGAUUCAACGCAGAAGUCAAAGUCUGCGGAUGAUAUCGCGCAAAUUUGCAGAGAUGCACGUUCAGCGAAUGUCUUCCGUUCGGCAUCCUGGUUCGCAGUCUUGCGAAGCUCAAUUCUUUCCAACCCAGUCGGCAACAGGAUCUGCAAUGAACUGGUGGCCGACUCUACUGGGCUCAAGCCAGAGACUGCCUCUCAAGGUGGAUUACAAAAGCUUGCACUGCUGAACAUCUUGUUAUCCGGCGAAGAAGAUGUGGUCUCUACGAUCCCAACGCAGCGAUUGGUGUUCCUGACCAAGAAUUUGAUCGAGUGCCUCCAAUCCGAAUCUGUACCUUUUGGCCUGAAAUCCGAAAUUGUCAAGUGCCUUUCAUUCAUUCUUCCAGCUCUCAGUGAAAUCUACGGAUCGCACUGGGAAGAAUGCAUGGAUAUUCUAAGCUCCGUGUUCCGAAACACCAACGGUGGCGAAGAUGCUCUACCACUACUGGUUUCCUCUUUCAAGCUGUUCUCUCGAUUGAAGUCUAUCUCCGAGGGCGAUGGCAAUGAUGAUGCUCAAGAUGCUUGGGCGGCUCGCAAGGGCGGGCUUUUCACUGCCCUGGCAUCCACAAUUGACACCUUUGACUCGGAAACAGCCUUCCACCAGCCUCGCGACAUAGCUGUUGAUAACCUGAGGCGCCUCAUCAGCAAUAUCCCAGCUGAUCAGCUCGAGGACGUCAGCGAAACCUUCCAUCUUCUUACAGCCCACAGCCGCGCAGUUCAACGCACCGCGUACACCAUCCUCCAUCAUUACAUUCCUCAUGCCCAAGAGAAGAUUUCCUUUGAACUUGCUCUAUCGAAGACUGCUGCCACUUUACCCGAUGAGCUUGUGUCCCUGCUGCUCGAGCCUCCCUCGAUGGAAAUGGUGCGCUCUGCAUACGGGGAUGAUAAGAUGUGGACCAACAUGCGGUCAUACCUCCUCAGCUGGAAGGUUGUUUAUGAUCAUUUCACCAAUGCCUCGCUUCCUCUUCAAGAAUACUACGCCUCUAGCAUUAAGGAAAACAACAUUUUGAUCCCGCUGUUGGAAUUCACGUUCGACUUCCUGCAGAGGUCAUACGGAAAACUGACCGACGCAUCCAAAUUUGACAUCCGAUCAUUUGAACCAGAUCAGUCCGAGAGCGCCGACAAGGAAACUCAAUGGCUUCUGAUUCAUUUGUACUAUUUGUGCCUGAGAUAUUCAGCCAACAUGACCAAGAACUGGUGGAUCGAUACCAAGAAACGCAUCAAGGGUCCCGUGGAGACUUGGUCAGAGAAAUAUAUCUCUCCACUCGUUGUGCAAGAUGCCCUCCAAGGUGUGAUCGAAUGGGCAUCUACCCUGGAUCCCAACGAAGAAAGAGCACUUGAGGUAAAGGUUUCUCAAAAGACGGGUGAAAUCAUCGCCAGCAUUCCCGUAGACGAGGAAUCUCCCCGCCGUGUGCUCGUGGAUGAGAAGAAAUGGAAGAGCUGGCUGUUGAUAAUCCAGGGUGUGAUCAUGUUUGCCAAUGGCAAUUUGGUUGAUGGGCUGUUGGCCUUCCGACGGAACGUUCAAGGUGCUCUGAAGGGUCAAAGCGAGUGUGCUAUUUGCUACUCUGUCAUCUCAACCGACAUGCAGACGCCGAACAAGCGUUGCGCCACCUGCAAGAACACAUUCCACUCGGUUUGUCUGUUCCGGUGGUUCAAGAGCAGCAACCAAAGCACUUGCCCGCUUUGCCGAAACAACUUU